CAAACGAUUGGCAACCGCGGACGCGUUCGGACGUACGAAUGGUGCUGACAGGCGAUGCGCGUGCGAAUCCCCAACGAAAGUAAAUCAAUUGCAUUCGAUAAUCGGGCAAUUAAAAAUGCCAAUCUCUCGUGACACUUGCAUACGUGUGUAUCGACUGCAUGUGCCGCGUUAACUUCCUGCUAACCAAAAAUACAAAAUUCCCACAACAACAAAUACAGCAAAUCGAAACGAAUCCAAACGAAAGCGAAACACUGCCGAGUGCCGAGUGCCGAGUGCCGACAAGGAAGUUCAUUCGAAGCGCAGCGCGGGUUCAAAUGUUAGGCCAGCCGACGACAGGCGACGAACGGGGGCCAACGGACAGACCAAAAGCUGCAUUCAAUUUGCACAAAUAACUGACAAAAACAAAACAAAAAGGAAGAGGAGAAAGAUAUCACGCAAAGUUUUUACCUUAUUUUGUUGUCACUUGUGCGCCGUCGUCAGUGUCUCUCUCUCUCUCUCUCGCUCUCGCUCUCUCUCAGUGUGUGUAAAUCCGGUAUCGGCAUCUGUAUCUUCCCCCAACUGUAAACCCCCCUGUGGGUGUCUGUGCGCGUGUGUUUGUGUGCUUCAGUCAUAUUGGAUUUCACAAUAUUGGAUACCGUCCAUCACAUGAAAAUGGUGUUCGGCGGCAAAUUUCGAAUCAGAAGAUCAACCUCCAAGGCAAAGUAUCUGCCGCGCCAGAGCCAUGAUAAGCUGAACAACACGGACCCGGACCAUGGCAUCUACAAGCUGACGCUCACCUCCAACGAGGAUCUGGUGGCGCACACAAAGCCCAGCUAUGGGGUGAGUGGCGGCAAGCUGCCCAACAACCUCCCCGAUGUCCUGCCACUGGGCGUGAAGCUGCAGCAGCAGCCGGCCAAGCCGCAGCCAGGCUCCCCCAACGGAGAGGGCAAUGUGACGCUGCGGUACGGCUCCAACAAUAACCUCGCAACGAAGUCGCCCACGAAUGCCGCACCUCACUACACCAUGAUCUAUGGUCAGGCCAUGGCCGGGCAUGGGGGACAGCGAUACUCCACGCCGCCACUGGGACACGGCUACGGGAAGGCGACGCCGCCCCAGCACUACACGAGAUCUCAGUCGUACGACGUGAAGCAGACCUCCGUCCUGCUGCCCGCACAGCAAAAGCAUCUCAUGACCCAGUCGCAUGUGGACCUGAAGCAAGCCGUCCAUGACCUCGAGACGACGCUGGAGGAGGCGAUGCUGCCACCGCCAACGCCCACGGCCACACCCACCGAGACACCGACUCCCACACCGCCGCGACUGUCGCCGGCCACAUCCAACUCGGACUGCAGCCUGAGCUCGCACAACAGUUCGCUGGAGUGCAGCAUAAUUCCUAACAAAACGAAUGCGAACACGGUUCCUACACCCGAGGCGCACAUCUUCCGCGCCGAGGUGAUCAGCACCACCCUGACGAACGCACCCAAGCCGGCGAUGAACCGCCAGGAAUCUCUGCGGGAGAACAUCGAGAAGAUCACGCAGCUGCAGUCGCAGCUCAUGUCCGCGCAUCUCUGCGACUCUGGCCUGCUGGGUGGCUGUGGCUACACUGCCAGCGUUAAGCUGGCCAAUAACAGUCCCAGUCCCAGUCCCAGCACAGAGCUCGCGCUGUCGCUGCAGCCACCGCCAAGUCCGCCCAGUCCACCGCCCGUCGAGGAGCAACCAAUCGAAGUGCAGGCUGCGGCCGUCGAAGGUCUGCAGCUGAUGCAACGCAGCGAACUCGUGCUGAUGGUCAGUGCCAAGCCCAGCACCACGGACAUGGCCUGCCAAACGGAUGAGAUGGCGGACAGGGACACCGAUCUGGUGGCGGGGCGGGAGGAGCAGCAGACACGGACCACACUGCAGCCGCGCCAGCGUCAGGCCAUUGAGCUGGACUACGAGAACCUGAGCAGCGAGCUGCUGAAGCUGCUGGCGCCCAACGACAAGCUCGUCGACAUCCUCACACCAAAGAGCUGCAAGCCCACCUCCCACUACGUCAGCAAUCUGUACAACCCGAAUGUGCCGCUGCGUCUGGCCAAGCGGGACGUGGGCACCUCAACCCUGAUGCGCAUGAAGGCGGCCACCGCUGCGCCAGAGACCACCAAGGUGGUCAGCGUGGAGCUGCAGCUCGGCGAUGCGAGUUGCGAGGGAGCGAAUGUCAUCAAACAGAAGCUGGAUGAGCUGAUCAAACGGUUGAACCAAAAAAUUGGCGCCCUCAAGCAUGAGCAGCAAACCAUUGGCGAGGAGUGCGCGACGAACGACAAACUGGGCCAUGAAUUGUUUGCCAAGCUGGCGGAGAGUGUGCGCCCCAGCCAGGCGUCCAAGUUCCGGACCUACAUCGACGAUGUGGGCCACAUCACAAGUCUGCUGCUGUCCCUGUCCGAGCGUCUCUCCCAUACAGAAUGCAGUCUGGAAACGCGUCAGCAGGAUAAGAGCGUGCUGGAAUCGAAGCGGACGCGACUGUACGAGCAGCUGGAGGAGGCGCAGCGCCUCAAAGCGGACAUCGAUCGACGCGGCAGCAGCAUUGCCGGCCUCCUGGGCAAACAUCUCAGCGCUGAUCUGUGCGCAGACUACGAUUACUUUAUCAACAUGAAGGCCAAGCUGAUUGCCGAUGCACGCGACCUGGCCGACAGGAUCAAGGGCGGAGAGGAGCAGCUGGGCGCCCUCACCGAUGCGCUAGUCCAAAGCGAUUGCUAAGUUUGCAGACUGCCUGCCCCUCAGCAGACUGCCGGCCAAUUUUCCCAGCUGUCAACUCAAAGUUGAGAGCCGCACGAGAGAAUUAUCCAGCCGUCCGCAAUGUGUAUUAGUUUAAAACGAUGUGCUUCAUUUCAACGCCCACACUAUAAUGAUUUAAUUGUAUGUUCAUUUGUGAUUUUCAACUAGCUUGUAGGUUAAUUAUUCUAUGUAUCGGUCGCCGCCUAAGCGUAAGCAUUUUUUACAUAAUUAUCAAAGCAAAGAUAAACAUUAUGCAUUAAUAAAAUUAUAACUACAAC